AUGGGAUCAAGAUUCUCAAGACAAGAACGAGCACUCGCACGAAAAAAAUCAUUUCAAUCUAAUCGGUCAUCACGCAAAUCAUACGAUUCUGCUUGUAGAAAAUCCGCUGAAGAAAAAGUAAACGGACACGACCACGCAUACAGAGAAGAUAAUCCGAAAUUUGCGAUUCCUGAAAACACACGUGGGAUCCCACGAUUAGAAAUACAACAUUACUUGAUGCGAUAUCUAUACCAAGGCAACUUUUCAUCACCGCAAGACGCAUUUCAAGUUCUCGAUUUAGGAUGUGGCGCGGGAACAUGGGCAAUAGAAACCGCUAAAGAGUUCCCGUCGUGUCAUGUCACAGGUGUUGAUAUACCAUCGUUUUUUCCGAUUGAGGUUGAGAAUAAACAAGUGUCAAAUGUCCGAUUUAUUGAACAUAAUUUCCAAGAGGAUAAACGACUGCCGUUUGAUGACGAUACUUUUGAUUUGGUGCAUAUGAGAUUUUUGUUGGCAGAUGUAAAGGAAAAAGAUUUUGAAAAUUCUUUAAUACCUGAACUUGUACGAAUUACUAAACCUAAUGGAUGGAUCGAGUUAUUGGAAUUUGAUGUGCAACAGUUUAGUGAAGGACCCACCACGCGUCGAUUGACCAGUUCAUUAAUGAAUUAUCUCGAAUCAAAUGGCUAUAACGGUCGCAUAAGCGACAACCUCCCACAAUACCUAAAAAACACACACAAAGUCAGCACAAUCAACCAACAUGACAAAGCAAUAGCACUCGGACGAUGGGCCGGCCGAGUAGGCGAACUAGCAAUCGACGAUAUCUCUCGCAUGUUCGGUGACAUAAAAGAACUCCCGCAAUCGAUAGGUAUCACCGAACAAGAGUACCACGAGUUACUCGAAAUAUACAAAAAAGAAGUAGAACUCAAAAAAACAUUUUUCAAAACACAUCGAUUCUAUACACAGAAAAUUGUUGGUGAUGAGCGGCAGCCUGUGCCGAAAAGUUCGGCAGAGUUGUUGAGAAGAGAGCAGCGCAAAUAA